UGCAAGAGUGCACACAUAGGCACUUAAAAUAAUUAGAUGUAACUCAUGCCAGUGUUCAUUUUUUUUCACAGAAUAGAAAAAUAGAUAGAAUGCUUAGGUAGUUCAUCUAUAAUUUAUCUAUCAACAAAAGAACACAAAGUCUGAAAGUAAUAAAUUGUAAAAUAUGUGUUACUCAUGGUUUGAAAAUGGGUGUUGUGUUGUUUAUAAUCAACUGUGAUUAUUAGAGAGUAGGAUGGCCAAGGCAGAUGUGUCUUAGCUAAUACUGUCUAAAAGCAGCUGGGCAGGGCAGGGCUAAUAGACUCAAUGACAUCAUCCAAAGAGAGAAAGGGAGGGAGAGAGCACAGAGCAGCCGGAGGCUGUAAAAGCCACCAGGCCGGCACAGACACAGAGGACAGCGGCAUGGGACCGUGUGUGUGUGCGGACUGCAGAGGACCUGACUGCCUUCACCUCCCUUUGACAGGAAUAUACUGCAGGGUUUGGGGACUGUCAUCUUAGCUUUGGCCCUUUAUUAUUUUCACCUUUCCCCUUCCCUUUCCCCUCUUUCCUUUUUCUAUCCAUCUAUCCUCUGGAAGUGACCCCCCCUUUUCAGCUCCUGCUACAGAAGGCUCUCCGGGCAUGCUCCUUAAGCCAAAGUAUGGCCGCUUUCGCAAUGAGUCUGUGACCUCUUCUGAAGACCUGAUGCAGAGCUUAGCCAUGAGUGGCAAAGUGGUGGCCACACCAGUGGUAUCUUCCUCCACGCCAAGCCUCCCACUGCCCCCCAUGCCCCCUCUGGACCCUGGCCUCCGGUCCGCAUCUGCAUCUGGUGGUGCUGCAGCGCUGGCAGAUUCGCCCUGUUUGGAUGGGGAGCAGGAUGGCACCACUACCUUCUGUAUGCUCAUCCCUAAAAUGCCUCAGUGGAAGUUCUCCAACUCACUGCUCAGUCGUAGCCCAUCUAAUUCCAGCGCCAGCUCCAGCUCUAGCAAGGACUCAGGCAGAGCAGCAGGGCCGCUCUCACAGACUUCUGCCUCUCCUUCCUCCUCUUCCUCACACAGGCUAAAUAUGGCAUCCAGCGGUCCGGUGGCCAGUCUGGCAGCUGUGCUUAACUCAUGUGACCCUGUGUGUGUCACUCCAUGUUCCUUACAGGCCAUCCGGGGUCAAAGGGCAGUGGCAUCAGCAAAUUCGACCAACCCUGGUGGGCAUAGCUUUGGGGCUACAGAGGCCAUGGCGAGCCCUGGGAGUACUUUCAGCUGCAGGUCAGGACUAAGCCGCAGGACCAGAGGAGAGGGAGCAGUGUGGCUGGGGAAUGAGGAAUUCAGCCAGAAAAGCAGCUUCAUCCACAAACCAACCCAGGGCUGGCUCCAUCCUGACAAGAAGAUUGCAGGACCAGGUGCCUCUUAUAUUGUCAGGUACAUGGGCUGUAUUGAAGUACAGAAGUCAAUGCGCUCUUUAGACUUCAACACUCGCACUCAGGUGACCAGAGAAGCCAUCAAUAGACUUUGUGACGCUGUCCCUGGUGGAAAGGGUGCAUGGCGUAAGAAGGCACUAAAUAAAGCUCUACAGUCCAUCAUGGGUAAGAGUAACCUUCGGUUUGCAGGCAUGAGCAUCGCUGUCAGUAUUUCCAUAGAUGGUCUGAGCCUUCUCAUCCCAACUACACGGCAGGUGAUUGCGCACCAUCCCAUGCAGUCCAUUUCUUUUGCCUCUGGGGGAGACACAGAUACACCUGAUUAUGUUGCAUAUGUGGCCAAAGAUCCAGUAAAUCAAAGAGCUUGCCAUAUCCUGGAGUGUUCAGAUGGUUUGGCUCAGAGUGUCAUCAGUACAAUUGGUCAGGCUUUUGAGCUGCAGUUCAAACAAUAUCUACACAGCCCCCCAAAGACCAUGACAUCUGCUGAAAGGUCAAUGAGGCCAGAGGAGCCAGUGUGGGGGGAGGAGGAGGACUUCUCAGAUCAUGACUAUUAUAACAGCAUCCCAGGAAAGGAGCCCCCUGUUGGUGGAGUGGUAGAUACCAGGCUUCGGCCCAGUGCGUCCCUACUUGGUCACAUUCACACACAGCCUCAGAGCAAGAACACAUCACAGAUGGGAUCUCGGAGAGAGCAGAUCUCACACCCUCCUGGUCAGCUGUGCUAUGAACUUCACUGGGACACAGAGGUGACACACAGCUCAGGUCUGACCUCAGAUGGAUAUCUGUGUGCUGACGGACAUCCAGGAAACAAAGAUUAUGAGGAGCACCAGUAUGUCAACACGCAAAGUCUGGACAACCUGGAGUCUCUUUUACAUGAGCCCAAUGGACACACUGCAGCUAAGGCACCAGACAGCCCCAAGAAAGACCUCUUUGAUAUGAGGCCAUUUGAAGAUGCUCUGAAACUCCAUGAGGCCGGUGGUGGACUUGUAGGCUCUACUGUUCCCCUUGUGUCUGGUGCUGGAGGAACAGUGCGUGUGCUAGAGGAUCAAUGGCCCAGUCCUCCUCGCCGCCGGGCCCCUGUGGCUCCAAAUGAGGAGCAGCUGCGCAGAGAACUGUGGUACCACAGUCGUAUGAGCCGGAGGGAUGCAGAGAAACUCUUGAUAAGAGACGGGGACUUCCUAGUUCGGGAAAGCACAACCAACCCAGGGCAGUAUGUGCUGACAGGCAUGCACUGUGGUCUACCUAAGCACCUGCUGCUGGUUGAUCCUGAAGGAGUGGUCCGGACCAAAGACAUGUUGUUUGAAAGCAUAAGUCACCUUAUUUCAUAUCACCUGAAGAAUGAGCUGCCAAUUGUAGCAGCGGAGAGUGAGCUUCACCUAAAACAAGUGGUCAGAAGAAAACCAUAAGAAUGUCUGCAUGAUAUGAUUCAUACUGGCAUGAUUUGAGAUGUUUUGCAUUAUUGACCUUGGACAAAUUACAACUGUGAAGGACAACAUCAGUGUUUUUAGUGAAACACUGGAUUCUCAACAAAUGACACCAUUGGUCUAAAAGAAUUAAACUCAACAUGAAAAAAAAGUUACACUAAUGGUUGAGCUGGAAAUGUCAAAGUUGUAUGGCUGCAGAUGUUUUGAGAUAUCAUCAAGGACAGAAGACACAACACACAAGACUUUUGGGGUUCCUGCCUAUAAUGGAUGUCUUAAAAGUGUUAAAAGUGCCACACAAGGAAUGAAACCUGUACCUUUCCUUCAAUGAAUCAGUGAGGUCUACUGAACAAAACUGAAACUUGUUUAGGAUUUGUCAAAGAAUCUCGAUGAGAGAUAUUUGCUCCAUUUGGUGACUCAGACUUACAGGUCAUGCAAAUUACACAACUGAUAUUUUUACGAUACAGAACAAAGUAUGUACUAACCAGAGACUCAAUUCUUUGUAAUCUCCUGCUUUUAAAAUGUGUUAUGAACAUAAUUUUUAAGGCAAGAUUUUGUUAAAAUACAGGAACCCUACUUCAGCCAUUUCUGUUCUUCUGAAACAUAUUUUUAAGGGCUGUUCAUAUUUUUAUGUGUGACUUUGACUGUUGUUCUCAGAUGCCCUAUAGUUUUCUCAGCUGCACUUAGUAUCUAAGUCUGUACAUCUCUAUCAUGUUCAACUUCAGUGCCUUACAACUACAGGCUUUGGUCCUAUUCACAUGCAGUCAUGAUACAACUGCAAAACAAUAACCUGGUUAAAAAUGACAAAAAAAAAAACCUAAUAGCUACUAACAGUAAAGUAAGCUGCUUUUAUUUUAUGCUGGAUGCUGUAUAAUAGUUUAGCAACACACUGGAAGUGUUUGCUUAUGCCCUUAUAUGUCCAUUGCAACUCAGGAAAAAACAUAAUUAUUGUAAUAUUUCAUCUAUUUUUACUCUAUUUCUGCUUACUGUUACAACAUUGUGUUCUGUUAUGUUCUAUACUUCACAGUUCUGGACAGUUUGGGUUGUGGGCAUUUCUGCUCUAUUUAUCUGUCCUAUGCUAUGUAUCAGCCUGAUGCAGAUAAUUUAUGGUUUAAUGGUCCAUUUUAAAUCAGUAGCUUUGCCAAUAAAAUAGUCUAUUAUAUACAA